AAGAAGGCAAUUAAACUAUUCUUUGAAAUAGACCAAAAAAUUUUCUAGCAAGUAGGAAGGAAGCCAUGGAAGUUGCACAAGUUCUUCACAUGAAUGAAGGAGAAGGAGAAAUCAGCUACUACAGAAACUCAAUAUAUCAAAAGAAAGUGAUUUUGACAACCAAGCCUAUUCUAGAAGAGUGCAUAACAAAGCUAUGUGAAGAAAGCUUGCCAGAGUGUCUGAAAAUGGUAGAAAUGGGAUGCUCUUCAGGGCCUAAUACACUAUUGCCACUGCGAGAAACCAUAGAAAUGAUCUACUCCAUUACUGGUAGAUUGAAUCAGAAACCACCCAUCUUGCAAGUUUUCCUAAAUGAUCUUCCAGGAAAUGAUUUCAACACCAUUUUCAGAUCACUGAUACCCAAAUUCCAUGAGGAACUUGAGAAAGAGAAGGGCAACAAAUUUGGACGUUGUUUCAUAGCUGCAAUGCCUGGAAGUUUCUAUGGAAGGCUUUUUACACCACAUUCCCUGCACUUUGUUCACUCUUCUUACAGUCUCCAUUGGACCUCCCAGGUACCUGAAGGGCUCGUGAGUGAAUCUGGGAUUCCACUAAACAAAGCUAACAUUUGCAUAGCCAAAACAAGCCCCCCAAGCGUCCAUAAAGCAUAUAAGGAUCAAUUUGAAAGGGAUUUUAAAACAUUUUUGAAGUAUCGCUCAGAAGAGAUGGCUUCUGGAGGUCGAAUGGUCCUCACCUUCCUUGCCAAGAGUAAUAAAAAUCCUCUUUGCAAAUAUGGUUGCGAAAUUUGGCAAUUACUUGGGACUCUCCUCAACGAAAUGGUUGGAGAGGGAUUAAUUCAGGAAACAUUAUUGGCAUCAUUCAAUAUUCCACUUUAUGCUCCAUCGGCAGAAGAAGUAAGGGAUGUAAUUGAAAGGGAAAAUUCAUUUAUCAUAGAAAGACUAGAAGAAUUCGAACUAAGUUGGGAUGCUAAUAUCGAGGACGGCAACAGAGAAAUGGUUUUUGAUAAAUGGCAAAGAGGGAAGUACACAGCAACCUACAUGAGAUCCGUUGCAGAACCCAUCCUAGCAACUCAUUUUGAAGAUGCAAUUAUUGAAGAUUUAUUCCGUCGAUAUUCCUUCAAGUUGUCCGAUCACUUAGAAAAGGGAAUUGGUUUGUACAACAAUCUAGUCAUUUCCCUGAAAAUCAAAUGCUGAUUUUAACUCACAUGAAUGAGCUAUCAAGCUCAAGUUUUUAAAUUCACUUUUUUUUUAUAUGACUAACUUUGAAUAAAAUUUAAAUUUCAAAUAUUAAA